AUGAGCAAGGAAAGUGGAGUUUAUCAAGCUUGCGCUUCCUGCAAACACCAAAGAAAGAAAUGCGACGACAACUGUGAGCUAGCUCCGUACUUUCCUGCGAGCAGAUUUCGAGAAUUUCAAAAUGCUUACAGGUUGUUCGGAGUGAGCAACAUACAGAAAAUCAUGGCGUCGGUUGAGCCUCAUCAGAGACAGGCAGCUGCUGAAUCCAUUCUUAUGGAAGGCAAUUACAGGAGAAAUGAUCCUGUCAAUGGCUGUCUUGGUGUUUGCCGCAACUUAAAUUCCCACAUAAUCUCUUACGAGAAGCAACUUAAGAUAGUGAAUCAGCAACUGGCUAUGUUCCGGCAAAGGGAAAAAUUUGAUCGUCAUCAAAAUCAUCUUUCAAACUCCUAUAUUUCUUCAAUGCCAUCCAUAUCCUCUGAAAAAUCCUCCUCAUUGAACCUGCACCGUGAUCAUCAAUUUGAUGCUCUCAAAUUUCCACCACCACUUCUCUCUGAUAUGGCCCGUGAUGAUUAUAUGGGUGAUGCCAAAAACCUCCAACAAGCUGGAUACAUUUACAGAUCAACCUUGGAAGAAGGUGCAGAUUUGAAGCCCUUUGACAUCCAACUAAUGGACCAAAUAAUGGAGUCUGAUGAGCAUGGAAGUGUUCUUGAAACAGAAGAACUUAGUGCUGGGCUCAAGGCUCAUGGAAAGCAGCUCCUGCAGGGCAUGAGGACUGAGGACGAGAUGAAAUAUGCAUGA